ACACUGAAUAGUGCGGCAUCUUGUUUGUGAAUCAGCAGUUUAAAGUUAAGUUGUGUUGAUUGUAUUGUUGAAUUAAUAAGUAAUGGCGCGCCGAUACGAUUCGAGAACGACUAUAUUUUCGCCAGAAGGACGAUUAUAUCAGGUGGAGUAUGCUAUGGAAGCGAUCGGUCACGCAGGGACAUCUCUGGGAAUCUUGGCUUCUGAUGGAAUAGUUCUUGCUGCUGAAAGGAAGAACACCAAUAAGCUCUUAGACGAAGUGUUCUCUGCAGAGAAAAUCUACAAGAUUCACGACGAUUUGGCAUGCAGCGUGGCUGGAAUCACUUCGGAUGCUAACGUGUUAACAAAUGAGUUGAGACAAAUUGCCCAGCGAUACCUGAUUCAGUACGGAGAAUCAAUCCCCUGCGAACGCCUGGUCAGCUGGCUGUGCGACAUGAAACAGGCUUACACUCAGUACGGCGGAAAGAGGCCUUUCGGCGUAUCCAUCCUGUAUAUGGGUUGGGAUAAGCACUACGGUUUCCAGUUGUACCAGUCGGAUCCCAGCGGCAACUACGGCGGAUGGAAGGCCACCUGCAUCGGAAACAACAGCGCGGCGGCCAUAUCGAUUCUGAAACAGGAGUACAAGGACGGAGCCACCACUCUAAACGACGCUCUGCUUCUCGCCAUCAAGGUACUGAGCAAGACUCUGGAUAUGACCAGACUGACUGCGGAUAAGCUGGAAAUGGCCACGCUGACCAGAGAUAAGAAGACGAAGAUAAAGAUUCUGUCCACUAAAGAGGUGGAGAUGCUGAUUCAGAAGCACGAGAGAGAGGAAGCGAAGGUCGAAGCGGCCAAAAAAGACAAGGAAAAGUCCAAAAGCUAAGCUUUGUUUCUGGCCUGUAGAGUUGUUGGAAAGUUCUGACUUCGCUGUAUCAUUUGAUAUAUUCAUCUAUUACUAAAAUUAAAACAAGUUUAAUGAUUUCAUGUAUUACUUUAAUCUUAUAUAAUACAAGUCUUAUUUUUUAAAUUG